AAACCAAAACUUGUUUAUCGGAACCAUUCAGUUUCCAAAACAAAACGAAAAAAAAAAAAAAAAAGUCCUACAGUAAAAUCUCCCGGGUGUCUAGGGUUUUUCGUUACUGUUUAGUUGGGGGGGAUUGAGGAGGGAUCCGCCGAGGAGGAGGAGGAGGAGAGUGUGAGAGUGUUUUUAAUAUUUCCGAUAUGGAUUCUGCGGAGGAUGUUGCUAUGGUGGUUGAAGAAGCGAACGGUCGCGGCCGUAGGAUUCGGAGAGCUUCUACGAAGUUGACGAAUUACGUUGACCCUGUCACUGACGACGACGACGAAGACCAUGGAUCCAAUAAGCGAAAGAGGGCUCCGAGAAAGACACAGCAGAAGGUACACGACGACGAAGGUGGUGUGAAGGAGACAGCCUCAGCUAAGACCACCAAGGAGGACUCGGACUCGGAAAAAGACUUAAUUGCUGAGGAUUCUGGAAACCAGAUUACGAUUGGGGCGAGGAGGACUCGGAAAAGGACUAAUAAUAACAAGGAUGAAAUCGACGACGGUGAGGUUCCAGCUAAGCCGAACAAGAGAUCGAGGAACAGAUCUAACAACACGGAGAAUGCUGGAAGUGCAGAUCAGUCCAAUCUGUGUCAUCAAUGUCAAAGGAAUGAUAAAGGGUAUGUUGUGCGGUGUCACAACUGCAAGACGAAACGUUUUUGUCUCCCUUGCUUGAAAACUUGGUACCCAAACAUACCACACGAAGAUGUUGCCAGUAAAUGCCCAUUCUGCUGUGGUAUUUGCUGUUGCAGACGAUGUUUGCGUCUUGAUAAUAAGAUACACGGCAUAAAUCCGAAUCUCGAGGUCAGCAAGGACGCCAAAAUUCAAUGCUCUAAAUAUAUUUUGCGAUGGCUUCUCCCACAUAUGAAGGAAUUAGUUGAUGAACAACUUGCUGAGAUGGAAAUUGAGGCCAAGAUAUCUGGACUGAAGUUUGAAGAGGUGAGGCCCCUAGACGCUGAAUCUUUCCCUGAUGAAAGACUAUACUGUGAUAUCUGCAAGACUUCGAUCUUUGAUCUCCAUAGGAGUUGCUCGGCCUGUACUUGUGAUAUCUGCCUUACAUGUUGCCUUGAGAUCCGCAAUGGAAAGGCUGAGGCAUGUCAGGAGGAUGUGUCCUGGAAUUAUGUUAACCGAGGUUUAGAGUAUGAACAUGGAGAUGAAGGCAAAGUUAUUGAUCAGCCGGAUGAUGAUGAUAAGCCUAUUGAGAAGCCAGAUGAUGAUAAGCCGGUUUGCAAAGACCAUAUGAAUAACCCAUCUUUGUGGAAAGCAAAUGAAGCUGGAAUCAUUACUUGUCACUGUGGUGCUGAGGGUUUAAAGUUGAAACGCCUACUUCCUCUUGGUUGGGUAUCUGAUUUGUUAAAGAAAGUAGAAAAACUUGCUGAUGCCAGCGAGCUUUUGGAUUUACCUGAAACUGUUUUGGAGCAAUGCCCUUGUUUUAACUCUAAUGGUCAUAUUGACAUGGAAAAUGGUAAACUGUUAAAGGCUGCUUGUCGAGAAGGUUCGGAAGACAAUUUUCUGUAUUGUCCAAGUGUAAGAGAUGUUCAACAAGAUGACUCGAAGCAUUUUCAACAUCAUUGGGUAAAAGGUGAGCCUGUGAUUGUGAGGAAUGUGCUUGAGGCUACAUCUGGUUUUAGCUGGGAACCAAUGGUAACGUAUCGUGCCUGCCGUCAAAUACGCAACACCAAUCAUGAAACACUUCUAGAUGUUCAUUCUACUGAUUGUCUGGACUUCUGUGAGGUAAAGACUAAUCUUCGCGACUUCUUUACCGGAUACAUUAAGGGCCGAUAUGAUCGAAUGGGUUGGCCACAAGUUAGGAAACUGAAAGAUUGGCCUCCAUCUAAGGCCUUCGAAGAAAACUUGCCACGUCAUGCGAUGGAGUUCUUAUGCAGUUUGCCUUUGAAGCAGUACACUCACCCUGAUAAUGGACCAUUGAAUCUGGCUGUCAAACUGCCUAAAAAUUGCUUGAAGCCAGACAUGGGGCCAAAGACAUAUAUUGCUUAUGGAUUUGAGAAGGAGUUUGGCCGUGGAGAUUCUGUUACUAAGCUCCAUUGCGACAUGUCUGAUGCGGUGAAUGUAUUGACGCACAUAUCUGAAGUGGCCAUUGAAGAGGGAAAACAAUCUGGAAUUGAAGAACUGAAAAAGAAGCAUGCUAAACAAGAUGUCAAAGAGCUGUAUAGCUCUGUAGCUAACAAGGAGGAAAUGAUAAAGAUUCUUGUCAAGUCUCAACAAGAAGCCGAAAAUGUUGAAUCUGAUGAUGGAGCUCUCUGGGACAUUUUCCGUAGAGAAGACAUUCCUAAAUUAGAAAGUUACCUUCUGAAACAUUACCAGGAGUUUAGACAUUUCUACUGCUGCCCUUUGUCGCAGGUUUCUCACCCGAUACACGACCAGACCAUCUAUCUAACACGAUAUCAUAUCAAGAAGCUGAAAGAAGAAUAUGGUAUUGAACCAUGGACCUUUAAUCAGAAGCUUGGCGAUGCUGUCUUAAUACCUGUCGGGUGCCCGCAUCAAGUCCGAAAUUUGAAGUCUUGCACAAAGGUAGCGCUUGACUUUGUCUCACCUGAAAAUAUCAGCGAGUGUUUACGCUUGACAAAACAGUUUCGUCUACUUCCACCUAAUCAUUUUGCAAAAGAAGACAAGUUGGAGGUUAAGAAGAUGAUAAUCCAUGCAGUCGAUAAGUCUCUCAGGGACUUAAGUGGAGAGGAGUAUCCAGAACCCGAAGAGAAGAAAACAUUUAAGGGAGGGAAAAGUAAGGCAAAGAGGGGAACCAAGGGAGGUGCUAAGGCUGCCAAAAAGUUACCUCUAAGUGAAAGGUCUUUGGAAGCUCAAGUGGAGAAAAAAGCUGAAGAGGAGAAAUCAAAGGGGAUAGUCGAUAAGACUCUCGAAGACUUACCUCCAAGUGAAAAGUCUUCUUGGGAGGAGAAGUCAAAGGGGAUAGUGAAUCCAAUCGAUAAGGCUCUGGAAGACAUGCCUCCAACUGAAAAGAAGUUUCAAGAAGCCGAAGGGGUGAAAAGAGCCAAGAUAGUAAAGACAUACGUGCGGAAGAAAUUCAGAAGCCGAGGGGGUGAAAAGAGCCAAGAUAGUAAAGACAUACGUGCGGAAGAAAAAGCAGAGAAGUGAAGAAAUCAACGCAAAUUUACAAGCGGAGAAGUUGUAGGAGUAGUGGUAGUAGUCUUUUGUUGUAGCUUUAGCAAACUCACUAAGUUAAACAGAGCACCAAUGGAGUGAGUGAGUGUGAGAAGAUACUUGUCGUUAGUUAUAUCUAACUUUUGGCAUAUUUUGUAUUCUAUCCUUAAUCUGCUCUGAUUCUCUGACGUAUCAGUUACCUUAUUUUCUCGAGAUAGUUGCUGGAGUAAUCAUACUAAGAGGUCCCGUUGGAGAAUUAAGAGUAUUAUUACGCUGAAACAGAGUAGUGAAGUACAGUAAUAACAAUAGAUAUGUUUUGAUAUUAAUUUAGCGUCCGGUGCGUUUCAAACCAAACUGCCUGACAAUAACUGGAUCGAACGAAAGUUAAUUCAAUUGUGUUUUUAAUAUUUCAAUUCAUAAACCAAAAAACUAGAGUAGACUUGAAGACAAGUUUGUAUUCACUUCGAGAAAGAGUGUCAACUUCCACAAGAUUCAAGCAAAAAGGGGUUUCUCAAAGAAACUGAAACUGUUAAAAAGAGUCAAUAAACAACAAUGCUCUCCAAAACAGAAGUGAAUUUAUUUGCAAAUCCCAUUCUCAAGAGAGAAGAA